AUAUCAGACAUGACAGAGGUCAACUUAAAUGGAGUCAAACAAAACAAAGGCGUUUGGCUUGUAAAGGUUCCAAAGUAUUUGUCUCAGCAAUGGGACAAAGCCACGGACAAGGGAGAAGUUGGGAAGAUCGCGAUUGGAAAGAAACAAGGCAAAACAGAGGUGUGUUUCAGUCUGAGCAAGGAGCUGGGCGCCCUGGGCGCUGAGGGGGAGAAGGACCCAUCAGUGGAGCUCCCCAGGGAUUAUCCGUUCACUAUGCACCCAGUGGGCGGACAGACCCUGGCUGUCUUCAGUCAAAGUGACACAGAUCCGAUCAGUCUGGAGGGCAUGGUGGUGCACAGAGCUGAAUGCAAGCCGGUCGUCUCUGACAACUACAUGAAGGUUAAAAAGCGGCAGAUGGAGUUCGCCAAACCUCAGCGACUGUCGCAGCAGCUGGAUAAAGCCAUCACCAAUGCCUUUAAGCCUGUGGCCAACCACGAUUUCAAUGUGGAGUAUGAGAAGAAGAAGAAAUCGGAAGGGAAGAUGGUGAGGGCUGAACGGCAGAUUGUGUUGGACAUGCUCUUUUCUGCCUUCGAGAAGCACCAGUAUUACAGCUUCAAGGACCUGGUGGACAUCACCAAGCAGCCUGUGACAUACCUUAAAGAAAUCUUGAGGGACAUUGCGAUGUGCAACCGCAAGGGAGGACACAAAAGCACCUGGGAACUGAAGCCGGAAUACCGACACUACCAAUCCCCCGGGGAAGAGGAGGAAACCCAGAACACGUAG